CAGGGAGCGGUGGACGGUAUGGAUUCCUCGUCAAGCUCAGCUUUGACCGCGCGGCAAUGGAGAGAGAGACCACAGACCAUGACCACCAUGCCCACCGCCCAGCUCGCUGCUGCACACUGCCCCACUCUCCUCUACCUCCGCGCCAAUGCGCCUCCCCAACAUUUAAACGGCCAAACCAGCCCAAACCCCAACCCCAACCCCACAGCAGUAACAGGGGCACACUAGCUAAGCUAAACCUCGCCACGGCACAGCAAUGGCGCCGCUCCCCGCUUCCCUCAUGCCCUGCCUCUGGCUCUUCCUCUGCCUCCUCGCCGCGCCGUGCCCCGCGGCGCGGGCGGCGCGGUUCGCGUGCAACGCCACGGCGCCGCGAGCGUCCACGUGCCAGGCGCUCGUCUCCUACGCGCCGCCCAACGGGACGGCCACGCCCACGCUCGCCGCCGUGCGCGCGCUCUUCCAGCUCCGCUCCCACCGCGCGCUGCUGGCCGCCAACGGCCUCCCGCUCUCCACGCCGCCCACGGCGCCCGCUCCCGUGCCGCUGCGGGUCCGCCUGCCCUGCCUCUGCUCGGGGGGCGCCGGGGCCACGUUCCAGCGGCCCACGUACCGGGUCCGCGCCGGGGACACGCUCGACGCCGUCGCGCGGGGCGUCUUCGCGGGCCUCGUCACCUACCAGGACAUCGCCGCCGCCAACAACGUCUCCGACCCCAACAGGGUCGCCGUCGGCCAGCAGCUCUGGAUCCCCGUGCCCUGCAGCUGCGACCUCGUGGGCGGCCAACCCGUCGUGCACUUCACCUACGUCGUGCCGGCCGGGGGCUCCGUGUCCAGCAUCGCGGAGGAGUUCGGCACCACGGAGGAGACGAUUCUCACGCUGAACAAGAUGCCCGACGCCAAGUCCCUUCUCGCCGGCCAGGUUCUUGACGUGCCACUCCGAGCUUGUAGUUCUGCCAUUAGCAGCACAGCCAUUGACCGCAACCUUCUCGUUCCAAAUGGAAGCUACAUCCUCACCGCCAACAACUGCGUCAAGUGUGGCUGCAGCUCUAGCACCUGGCAGUUGGACUGCCAGUCAACACAGGGACUGAGCUCGUCGUUCUGCCCUGCCGCCAAGUGCGGAGACAUGUUCCUCGGCAACACAUCCUCCUCCACCUCAUCCUGCGAGAGCACAGCAUGCUCCUACGCCGGGUACACCAACAGCACAUCGUUCGCCAUCCUCGCCAAUGUGACCACCACCAACGUGUGUAACGCUGGGAUGACUCCGACGGCGCAGCCGGCUCACUCUUCGGCGCUUCGGUUGGAGCCGGUGUGGCUGAGAUGGACGGAGCUGGUUGCCUUGUCUCUCUUCACGCUGUCUUUCUUCGUCUAGGCUAUCUGCGGCAAAAGACUGAACGUUGUCGCCAAGCGUCUGUCGUUAGAAUCUGGCCCUCUGAUUCCUAGUUUGAUGUUGUGAGUAAUAUCUGCAGUGUUUGCGCGACUUUGAUCUGUAACUGGUUGGAUUUGUAAGGGCAAACUCUAGGGUAACACUUCUGUGUUAGACGGUAGAUCAGGAAACAUUUGUACUUCGUCAAACUUUUGCAAAGAUAAUUUCUUCUGUUAUCACCAUA